CGAUUCACCGGCAAUAAGCGUUCCCACCCCCAUAAAAUCCUGUUGAUGGUAGGACAUGAUGUAAACAACAGCCAUUCAGAUUCCGUGUCAUACCUUGCCCUUGGUAACGAUGCUAUUUUGUUAUCGAAACGCCGUUUCCAUGUUGGAACAACAAACUGUGGAUUUGUUGAAGACUUGCCCACUCAGGACUAAAACCGCCCUUCAGAAAGCGAUUGUUUGGCAUUAGAUAUUCAGCCUUCGGUCGGUAGAGACUUGUUGGUUGUGCGACCGGGACCAAUCUGAAGUAACAAAGUAAGGCGCAGAUUAUUCAUUACAACCGUCAUGGUUAGCAAGCAAGAUGAGGAGGAGUUUGAGGCCUCCAUGAGCAAGGUGGACGAAGUGAUGAAAAUCCUCAAUUUGAUGACCAGUGGCGAUAAGGGCAAGCAGCAAAUGGGAAUUGCAUUUGCUGAUCAGUAUCUUGGAGAGGACAAGAAGGACCUGGAGAAGAUAGACGUCAACAAUUUCAUCGUUCGGGUGAACCAGGAGCGAACCGUUAUCAACAGAAACAGCGAGGAAUCACUGGAUAAGCCGAUGGCCGCCGACAAGUUUGCGUUCAUGGCAGAAGUGGAGCGUGAUGCCGCUAGACGGGCCUCCGAACGCAAGGAACGAGAACAGACGGCACAGGGUUUGCGACGGGCAGGAAAUCGGGCAUUCCGGCGAGGAGAGUACGAAAAAGCAAUCAGCAUGUACACGAAAGCCAUCGAUCAGAUCCGAGAUAGCCCAAUAUUGUACAACAAUCGGGCUUUGGCGUACAUCAAGAUACAGAUGUGCAAGCGAGCGAUAAUUGAUUGCGACUUUGUAAUUAGCAAGUUGGAUGAGAAGAAUUUGCGCUCUUGGAUCUAUCGGGCACAAGGUUACUACUUGUUGGGGGAAAUGAGAGCAUAUGAGAAGAGCAUCUCCGAGGCGAAGAAGAACAAUCCGAAAGAGCUGGACUAUAUUGACCGGAUUGUGCUGGAAAUUGAGGGAAGCGCUGGGAAGGAUGCGACGACAACCGAAGAAUCAGGAGCGACUGGAGGCGGGGAUGGUAAGGACCGGACGAAUCCAAUGGACGAUGUACAAUCAAAUUCUUCUAAUGAUAUUUAGAGCAUUGUAAUCAUUUAAAACUCAUGUUAAUAAAGCUUAUUUUCCUUGGGUUGAAUACAA